GCCGGCGCACGCGCCACCGACAGUUCACCACGCGGAGUCGCGCCGCGCACCAGUCGCGGACCUUAUCGCCUGACGGUACCAACUGAAAACUACAUGCUGUAAUAUCUCUAGACCAGAGAUCAUUGACGCGGACGCCGUGAGAGACAGCCUUCACAAUCGUCAUGUCAAGUUAAUUAGUGUCGUACAACUAUCUCAGUUUUUUCGAGUGCAGCCAGUGCGCCAUAAUGUAUUGACGCAUUAGUGUGUAUUUUAUCGUGAGCUUAUCGAAUUCUUGAAGUUUGAGUGUUUGUGCUUUUUGACUUAAGUUUUGUUGUUAAUUUUAAACGUGUGUGAAAGGAAAUCAUUAGCAAUGAAUAUUCCUGUAAGGCACUUCAUCACUAGGCAACAUUGCGAUGUGGCGUAACAUGCGACGACCACACCAACCCAGCACAAGCCUACCGAUGCGAAAAAGCAAACCACCAGAUAAACACAAAACCAACUAGUCCUCAUCAUAAACCAAGAAGUUUUAUUAUGCUAUAAUACUGGCACAUAACAUACCGACAUUGUGAUAGAAAAAAAAAUGGGUGUUCACGUACUUCUAGCGUCAACAGCGCUGAAAUCCGUCAGUGUGACUGGACUGUGGUUAAUACCGCUGCUGCUUGGAGCGCUGACAUACCACAAUUACAAUUCGUACGACCCCGAAGCGAAGGUGUUGGAUAAAGAGCCGAGAAGGGAGUAUGACUUCAUUGUGGUCGGGGGAGGAUCGGCGGGCGCCGUCGUGGCAAAUCGACUCACUGAAGUCAAGAAUUGGAACGUUCUUUUACUGGAGAGCGGUCCGGACGAGAACGAAAUAACAGACGUCCCUUCGUUAGCCGGUUACCUGCAGCUAACGAAGCUAGACUGGCAGUAUAAGACCGAGCCCACGGCGUUCGCCUGCCUCGGCUUCAAAAAGCACAGAUGCAACUGGCCCAGGGGCAAGGUGCUUGGCGGUUCAAGCGUUCUGAACUACAUGAUCUACGUUCGAGGGAACAAAUUUGAUUUCGACCAGUGGGAAUCCUUCGGAAAUCCUGGAUGGGGCUAUCGAGACGUGCUGAAAUAUUUCAUCAAGUCGGAAGACAACAGAAAUCCUUACUUGGCCAGGAGUAAAUAUCACGGCAAAGGAGGAUAUUUGACAGUCCAGGAAGCGCCUUGGAGAACGCCAUUAGUAGCAGCAUUCGUUGAAGCGGGGGUAGAAAUAGGAUACGAAAAUAGGGAUAUAAAUGGUGCCAAACAGACUGGCUUUAUGAUAGCCCAAGGGACAAUCAGACGCGGUACAAGAUGCAGCACUGCUAAGGCAUUUCUAAGACCAAUUAGGACCCGUAAAAAUUUCGACGUUUCGUUGAACACGCAAGUUACAAGAGUGCUUAUUAAUCCAGUCACUAUGAAAGCGUAUGGUGUAGAAUUUAUAAGGCACGGUUAUAAAAGAGUGGUUUAUGCUAGAAAGGAAGUCAUAUUGUCUGCAGGCGCAAUAAACAGUCCACAACUUCUCAUGCUUUCGGGCAUUGGUCCUAAAGAUCAUUUAAGGGAUGUCGGGAUCAGAGUUUUGAAAGAUUUACCUGUUGGAGAAAAUUUACAGGACCAUGUCGGAGUGGGAGGUUUAACCUUCUUAGUAGACAAGCCGGUAGCAAUAGUACAGAACCGUUUCCAAGCUUUCCCUGUUAGUAUGAACUAUGUGGUCAAUGAAAGAGGUCCAAUGACUACGUUGGGUGGAUUAGAAGGCGUGGCUUUUGUUAACACCAAAUAUGCAAAUAGUUCUGGACUUUGGCCAGACAUACAGUUCCAUAUGGCGCCUGCGUCCUUUUCAUCCGAUAAUGGACAAAUUGUACGAAAGAUUUUGGGUUUAACUGACGAAAUAUACGACGAUGUAUACAAACCAAUAGCCAAUAAAGACGCUUGGACUAUUAUGCCUUUACUACUGCGACCGAAUACCCGUGGAUACGUAAGAUUAAGAACUUCCAAUCCAUUCCACUACCCGAUCAUGAAUCCGAGGUACCACGAAAACGCGCUAGAUGUCGCCCGUCUCGUCGAAGGCAUUAAAAUCGCUCUACAAGUGGCGAACGCGUCGCCUUUCAAGCAGUUCGGUUCGAGAUUAUACACGAAACCGUUGCCAAACUGCAAACAGUAUCCAUUCAUGUCAGAUGAAUAUAUAGAGUGUCAAGUCAGGACGAUAUCGAUGACGAUCUACCAUCAAUCGGGCACAGCAAAGAUGGGACCUUCUUGGGACAAGGAAGCAGUCGUGGACCCAAGGCUGAGGGUCUACGGAGUUGAAGGUCUGAGAGUGAUAGAUGCAAGCGUAAUGCCAACGAUAGUGAGCGGCAACACUAAUGCCGCAGUGAUCAUGAUCGGUGAGAAAGGCGCGGAUAUGAUAAAAGAGGACUGGUUGAAACACAAACGGUGACAGUACGCCAAACACUUUAAUAAUGUUACCAAUUGCGAUAUGCCCAUCUAUUAGGUAUAAUCGUUAUUAUAAACCGUUUCCAAAGAUGUACAUUGUUAUUUUAAACGUAUACAAAUUUUAGUAUAAAUGUUAUUUCUACUUCUACUCGAUGAGAUUUGUGGGGUGUGGAUAGAUAUUAUUAAGAAUUAGUCACCUAGUCUACAACAUAAUAUAAAGCCCAAAUUACCUACUGACACCGAUAUAUGUUUUCAAAGAAAACAUACACCGUAAAGUUGAGUUACCUGGAUUAAAUUUGCCUAUUUGAUCAUACAGACGUCAGAUUUCAUAUGUUUAUUGAAGAAGAUUUUGUUGUAUAGUUUAUUACCUUGAGUUUAAUUAUUUUAAAAGAAGUUUGUAUGCAAUCAAAUGUACGGGUGUCAUAUUAUAGGUGCAUUAAAAUUUACAUAAGCUAUAUAGCUACUAAUGUAUUGCAAGAAAAAAAAUUUUCAAGCGGUAAUUAAAAAUACAUUUUAAAAUUGAAUCAAGAUUAUAAAUAAUAUUAACGAAAUAAUAUACGAAUCUGUAUAAUAUGUAAAUAUGUAUAGUAUUCUCUUAUUGUUAAGCGAUAGUUGACGUAAAUUCCUAUUUAUUUAAGUGGUAAUGCCAUAAAAAAAUUCUCUAUCAUUAUCUCGAAUGCGUAAUGAGGCCAUUUUGCGGAUUCAUAAUAAAACUAGUUUAAUUAAAAAUUGUUAAUUGUUGGUUGUAAUUGUUAUGUGAAGAAAUAUAGUUUUGUUAAUUAACAUA